AAAUCCUGGACUGGUCAGUAAUGGACUUUAAUCUCCAGAGUCGAACCUCCAAAUUCCUAGGGCUCCUCUCUUCUCAAAAUCGGCUUCUCCUUCUACAAAACUCUUUCUUCUUCUCCAUUUUCCUUUGCAAAAUCCUUUAAUGGCGCUUCCUCCAGGCCCCUAUUCUGGAACCAGCACCCUCGCUUUGGUUGCUCGUGCGUCGGCGUUCUCUGUUGGACUUGUCUACGGAAGCCUCAAGCUCAAGUACCUUCAGGCGAAGGCAAAAUCUCACAAGAAAGCUGAAGCAAAGGCUCAUCACUGAGGUAUGGCUGAUUCCGCUCAGACUAAAAAGUGAGGCACCAGUUGAAUUUCAAAGGGAAAUAAUACAUGGUAGUUGGUCACGAUCUACUUUUCUUUAAUACUUUUUUGUUCCAUGUUGCAUUGAAUGGCUCUAUAUUUCAUUGAAGAGUCAUGUAGAUGUAUCUUACCUCGGUCUUAAGAACUAUAUUUGAGUUACAAUUAGUUUUGAUGGAUGGAUGAGAGGACUAACAUAUCAUUUGAUUCCUUUCUUUGAUUGAAAUGAAUAAUUUGCUUCUCAUC